AUGUCGUCCAUGGAAGGGAACAGUUCAACGCCCAGAGCCGCCGAAGGACCCGAGGAAGGACCCCCGGGAAAACGCAGGGAGGCGCCGGACGGGGGCUGGGGCUGGUGCGUGGUGCUGGCGGGCUUCACCGUGUGUUUCUGUACAGCGGGGACGAUAAGGUCCCUUGGCGUAUUCUUCCUGGAGUUUGUUGACCAGUUCGACUCGACUUACGGAAAAACGUCCUGGAUCACGUCCAUCACUCUGGCUGCCAUGUACGGAGGAGGUCCCCUGGCUAGUUUAGUUGACCGAGCCGUAGGGCCGCGGUGCGCCGUGAUGUUAGGCGGAGUGACGGCCGCCUGUGGCUGCAUGUGCGCCAGCUUCGCCACCAGGGUCGUCUCCGUCUACCUCACCCUCGGCGUCAUGACAGGAUUCGGGUUCUCCCUGGCCUUUCUCCCGACGAUGACGAUGGUGGGCCGUUACUUCGACAGGCGGCGCACGCUCGCCAACGCGCUGGCCUGGCUCGGAGCGUGUACCGGCAACUUCGCCCUCCCACCCGUCUUCCAGCUGCUGAUCGACCGGUACGGCUGGAGGGGCGCCCUGGUGGUGAUCAGCGGCAUCGCACUGAACUGCUGCGUGUGCGGCGCGCUGCUGAGGCCCAUAACAUCGGACGUCACCGGAAAUGACGUGUGCAGACCGGAAAAAGACGUCGUCACGCACAGGAAAAAUGCACAACAAACUGCAACAGACUCUGCCUCUGAAAAAUCGGACUAUACAGACACACCAGACGCUGUAGCAUACUCGCGGAUACAGACUGAAACAUCGUGCGGUAACAAUGUAACGUUAUAUAAAGACAAACGGUUGUCACCAUUGCAAAAGCGCUCAAGAUGUAAAAUGUUGGGGUUCUCACUUCUUAGGAAGCGACACUUCGUGCUGUAUCUUCUCUCGUUCGCUUUUCUGUAUUUUGGUUACUACGUGCCGUUCGUCCACUUGGUUCCUCGCGCGGUGUACAUGGGAGUCGGGGAGUACCAGGCCGCUUUUCUCGUCUCCGUUCUCUCCGUCGGCGACUUCGUCGGUCGGGUCGUCAUGGGAACGAUUCCGGAGAUUCCCAAAUAUGGGCGGAGGCUGCACAAGUACGUCAUCGCGUCGAGCAUGCUGGGAGUGUGCUCGCUGCUGUGUCCUCUGGCGGUGACGUAUACCGCCAUGCUGGUGCACAGUGUGGUGUACGGUUUCGUGAACGGGCUGAUCAUACCGCUAACGUUCGCCGUGGCCGCCGAUCUGGUCGGGACGAAGCGGCUAGCGAGCGCCAUCGGACUGCUGAUGAUGGCGGAGGGCAUCGCCGCGUCACUUGGACCGCCCGUAGCAGGUGCUUUGUAUGACCUGACCGGAAACUACAAUAUGUCUUUCCUGACGGCCGGAAGUUCCAUGUUUUUGGCUGGCGUCAUCAUGAUUCCCGUCAUGCUUAGCGCCAGCAAGGAAGAGCAACCUCCUCUCGAUACUACAGAACUCGUGAUGGACACCAGAGAAAAGGAUGACGAGAGGCUAGAAACGGUUUAUGAAAGGCUUACAGCAGUGUGA